CUCCUGCCAUUCUCUUGUUUCGGUUUGCAUCCUCCCGUUCGGAACGUUUGGUUUGUAACUUCCUUCUCGUCUUCCACCUUAUCAUCAACAUAUAGGACUUCACAAUCAUGAUGGUUUGGCACGGCAUGGGCUCCCUGAGCUCGCCGAUUGUCAUCUCAGACGAUGAAGACGAUGCCUAUGUUGAACUGCAACUGCAAGACAGGCUGUCAGACCCAUCCGAAUACGAGCAUGAUGCUGGAAUGGACUUGUAUGAAGAGUCCUACAACUGGAGCUCGCGGGAGAUGUCUCCUGAGCCACCUCCCCAAGUCACAUGGGAAGUUUCCUCUACGUAUUAUCCGGCAGAUGAUGUGGACUGCGACUCUGUCCCAAAUUUGAAGCGCAAGAGGAGUGGCUCUGUCGAAAGUCACGUUGAACCUCCUGCGCUAAAAAGGGUUUUUCACCCGACUGUAGUACCAACCAUGCCUCCAGCUGAGAGUAAAACAGCUAGGAAAAAGCGCCUUCGGAAGGAGCGGCAAGAGGCGCAGGCUCAGAACAAAAAGACCAAGAAGGCAGGUAAACCUCAACAGCUAGAGCCAGAGCGCACCCAUCUUCCACAAGGGCCUGCACUAUCCUCGUCUUCGACGUUGCGAGAGAGUUUUACCGCUGCGUCCAGACCUCCCGGAUUCAGUGGCCACCACGACCAAAUGGAUCUUCCACAGCCCAUACCCCUUCCGUUGCUACACCUACAUCCGGCGCCUCCAUCAUUUCAUCCAAACAUACCGCUGCCUCAAUCGAUACCCUAUAACCCAUUUUUGAAUCUCAAUUUCGAUCCUUACCGUGCAUUUCCUCCUCAGCCAGCUAUGAACAUUCCUACGGUGUCUCACCCACUCCCGGCUCCGCCACCCGCCCGAACGAAUGCCCAAUCGAAUCCUCAACAACCUGCUACUGUCAAACGAAUUAUUGGCAUGCCAUCAGACUCUGACCUGAAUGACAAACAUUCCACCUUCCCGUCCAAGUUGUCACCGCUACCCGACCCUUCGCGUACCCUCAUCAUGGGCAUGCUACCAAAGAAGUUCCGUACUCAAAGCUUUGCGUUGACUUGGUCAAUGUCUUUUGAUAAGUCCCCUCCUCCGAAGGUUCCGCCUCGUAUUGAAGUAGAUCCUAAGGCGGGGAAGACUUUGAUUGAGUUCAAGACGGUACAGCUAGCUAGGACGGCGUGGGGCAGCUCUAGAUUUCCUCCGGGAGAAGGCAAGGAACAUAUACGCGUCUGGUGGUAUCACGAGAUUGAGGAAGGCGAGAUUGGCGAGGAGGGCGAAAUUGUACCUGAACCAACACCGGCGCCAAAGAAAGAGAAAGUCAAAGCGAAGGGAAUUUCGACUGGCCCCCCUCGCUCGCAGUUGCCAGGCAUCGCCCCGAUUGCUCCUUUCGUUCCCACCAUGCGUGAGGAAGCCCUGCGUAUCAGAACGAACUUGGGUUCUUUCGCGUCGCGACAGCAGUCCGCUACUUCAACGACCUUCUCUGUCUUCGGUGAGGAAGCUAUGGAUCUAGGCUCAGACGACGGUUUCGAAGACCGGAAACCCACCACUUCGCUGGCAUUUCCGGCAGAAAGGAACCUGAUGGAGGCGUCUUCUUCAUCGGAUUCUUCUACAACGCUGAUCUCGGACCUGUCUAUGACUUCUCAAGCAAGUUCAUCUUCGACCGCUCUGUCUUCUCCAGUAUCCUUGGUCAAGGCGGCUUUCACACCCAUUGAGAUAUCUUCAGCAGAGUCAUCAUCCCUUUCCAUGUCUACUUCUCAAAUGCCGCUACGCGCUCCAACUCCUACACCUCAAGACAGUAGUUUGGCGACUUCAAAGCCGACGAUACCGCUCGAUGCGAAACAGGCAGUGCUCGCUCGACAGAAGGAACUGGAGGCGAGAAUCGCCCAGAGUAGAAAGGAGAUUGCGGCGAGAACGGCUGAGUCGCGUGCUCCGUCACCGAAAGUGGGAUCGUUGCCAACCACAUCCGCAAGCGAUAUGCCUGCCGCUAUCAUACCAACAGAUCAGGUUCCUCUAGUUUCUGAUACUACGUCGGCUGAGGAAGAAUUACGCAAGUUGGUAGUCAAGAGCAAGAGUCGGGUGAAGACUGCCACGGGUCAUUCGGUCACUCCAUCUGAAGUCACUUCUGGGGCAGCGUCCACAGCCGCCACUCCGACAAUCAGCAAGAGUUCUGUCAACUUCGAUGCUCUAGCAGUCUCUUUCAUCACCGAGACGAUUCAGACAGUCGCAGCGCCGGCUGCUGUGAAGGCAGUUCCAGCCCCAGUUCCUCUGAGCAAGCUCUCAGAAAGGGAAUUGCUCAACGAGAAGCAGAAGAUCCUAGAACGGCAUAUCGCUGAAAGCAAGGUGCUAAUGGACAGACUUCAAGCCGCGCGUACCAAAACCGAAAAAGACAUCGUUUUAGGCGAGUUGAGGGAGUGUAGGCGGACUAUGGAAGAUGCAAUAAAGAACUUUUCGCAAACACCUGCGGCUCUUCCGAUGGAGUCAAGGUCAACAUCGACUCAUUCACCGUCGAAUCCUUGGCCUGAAACACAUCAGGACUCUUAUGUGUUGGUCAUCAGCGACGACGAAGAUGAUGAUGUUGACGACGACGAAGACGAUCUAUGACUAUCCAAACAGUCCUAGAUCAUAGGUAAGUCAGUUGUCUCAUGUUUUGUAGGUCGAUUUCGGGAAGUUUGGCGGGUCUCUUUGGGAGUAUCUUCAAUCUAUCUAUCGCAUGCACAAUUAAUCUACGGCAUAUUCGCAGGCGACAUAAUCGCCAAAAGUUUUGCACAUUCUGUGAGUGCCAGUUUCUCUGUCUGGCCUUCGUCUUUCACGUCUCACAGUUCCAACCAUCCAAACUAGAACAUUCUCGUGUCUUAUAUUGUCAUUCUCCUCGUUUUUCUGUACGUUCUGUAGGAUUGACAUUGUGAUGCACGUCUUGCCGAACUGCCAGUGACUUUGUCCUAGCAUGUCGGUUAGGAUGGCAUGACGGUUGUUACUUCCCAAUUGAACGUCAUACCACUGAUUUUCUACUUCGUUUCUUGUUUUGUCGUACUACUCAAUCAUAUCCGAUUUCCUUGACUGGCAAACGUCCGAGUGUGCCAUGAAUUCAGCAUUGAAUC